CAAAGGGAAAACAUUUAGAGGGAGAGAGACUAACGACGAAGAACGCGGGAGGGUGACCGAGAGAGAGAUCGACGAACGCAGAGUGGAAGGGUAAAGAGAUCGAGACUGAAGACGGGCAAUUGCAAGCUAUGAACCCUAAUUUGAGAGUUUGAGUGCGCCGUCGAGGGGGGAGAGCGUGCAAGUCUCUUUGGCUGAGCUGAUUAAUUGAGUGCCCUAAAACACCAAUUCUUAUCGUUUUUCCACUUGACGAUAAUUUCAGGCUCCGGCGAAAGAGAGACGCCGAUGGGCUUUAUCAGAAGUAGCUUCUCCUUUAUAGUGGGAACGGUAUUUGGCAUUUACGUGGCUCAAAAUUACAGUGUUCCCAACAUCAGGAAGCUCGCCAAUACUGGGAUCCUGAUGGCCAAACACAUCGAAGAGAACUACAGGAAGCCAAAGAAGCGGGAGGACGAUGAUUGAAUGGAAGAUUUACGAGCCAGGAGACAAUUAACCAAACGCAGAUGUUCUACUAAAACAUGAAGAAAUUAAUUACGGCGGCACGUUGAUCUCAGGGCACUCCUUGGCGGUUGAUCACCGACGAAACGGCGUCGCCGGAGAGAGUGGGAGCGUCGGUGGAUCC